UUCCGGAGACUGAUCGGUGAUCUCCGUACACGGCCGCCUGUCCCUCAUCUGCCGGUGUCAGCUAUCCCCGGCCGCAUCUAUACUAUCCCGAUAUCGCCUAGUCAUCGCGACAGCAGACCGCUUGGUUAUCGCCCGUGAGGUUCUGGAAACACACAAGCGCCUUCGGCAGUUUCCGGCAGAGGUUCGGCUAUUUCCGUCAGGGGCUCGGCAGCUUCCGGCAGAGGUUCGGCUAUUUCCGUCAGGCACUCGGCAAUUUCCGCCCCGGGGUCGCAGAGCCGCCUGGCUGGCAGAGGAUCGGUGCAGCGAUGGCGUCCCCGUCCCGCAGGCUACAGACAAAGCCCGUUAUCACCUGUCUGAAGAGCGUCCUGCUCAUCUACACCUUCAUCUUCUGGAUCACAGGGGUGAUACUGCUGACGGUGGGCAUCUGGGGGAAGGUCAGCCUGGAGGUCUACUUUUCCCUGCUCAACGAAAAUGGCACCAACGUACCCUACGUCCUCAUCAGCACCGGCUCCGUCAUCAUCCUCCUGGGCACCUUCGGCUGCUUUGCCACCUGCCGGGCGAGCACUUGGAUGCUGAAGCUGUACGCCAUGUUCCUGUCCCUUAUAUUCCUGAUUGAGCUGGUCGCUGCCAUUGUUGGACUGGUCUUCAGACACGAGAUUAGGAACAGCUUUGAGAAAGGCUACCAGCAAGCACUGAAUGAGUAUAACACUACGGGGGACGCCAGGAGCCAAGCCGUGGACACCAUUCAGAGAACUUUGCAGUGCUGCGGAGUGCAGUCCUACACUGACUGGGGCCUGAGCGCUUACUACAAAACCAGCGGGAUCCCCCAGAGCUGCUGCGCCCACCCAGGAAACUGUUCGGAGACGGCGAUGAAAGAUAUGGUGAAGGCCAGGGAUGUAGUGUACACAGAGGGAUGCAUCUCUAAGGUGACCGCCGUCCUGUCGGACCGAAUGGGAAUUGUGGCCGGGAUUUCCUUCGGAAUAGCGUGUUUUCAGCUGGUGGGGAUGUUCCUGUCCUGUUGUCUGUCUCGUUACAUCACAAACAACCAAUACGAGAUGGUGUAAAUGGGACCUGGCUUCACAAGAGUUAAGGGAAUUCUCUAUGUGUGGACCCUCGGAUCCUCCUCUUUCCCUCGUCUGGUUAUUUAGGAGAGGCCUUUGUUUUUCUUUUAUUAUUACCUCAUUUCUUGAUGGGUGACUUUUAGGUCUGCCGUAACCUUUUCAUGGCAAGACCAUUUUUAAAGGAUAUUUAAUAUUGUGUUUUAUAAUCACAGGUGAAGAGGCUUUAAGGCACGGAGAGAGGUGGCCUGUGUCUCUCUGAAGGCUGGUGGGGCAUGCUUGGACUUGUAGUUCUUUAAUAACUAAUGAUCCAUAGAUUCUCCAACCCUGCUUUGACGUAAUGUUAGGGACAGUGUCUGCUGCACUCGGCCUCAUAUAAAUAUGUGUUCUAGCUAUCGGACAUCCCGCAGAUUUACAGUCUGUGUUUCUGCUGUUGGAUCACUGUGCAAAAUUACCCAAUUAUAAAGAGGUCUUCUACCAGGUUUUGUGAAAUAUUGGCUCCUCCUCAAUUUUGUGACUCCACUCAUUACAAAUAGCAUUAGGUGAGAUAAAAUAUUUCCCUUCGAUCUGUCAGUCCGGUGGCUCCCCCUUGUGGCCGUAACAGCCCAAGCAGGAGAUCUCGCCUCUUGGUCGGAGCUUCACAUUGGUGCAACAUCCCAAUCAGGGAACCUGCUGGGAUGCUGGAGGGGAAGCAGGUACAUUUUUCUUGUCUAAAUUUUUUUAUGAUUUUUUUUGUUUUUUGCAGAAUCCUUUUUUUUUUUUUUUUUUUUUCCCAAUAAAUGGCUACGAUAGUAGUUUUCCUUUUAAGAACCUCCACUUGAAGGAAAUACUCUUUAAGCAUGGAUCCUAUUGACACUAAUUAAUCCUCAAACAGCCGGCUGCAGCGAAAGGUGAGGGUUCACUCGUCCUCAGGCUGAGGUUACGCCGGAGUCCCUUUUGGGAUUUUGUCAUAUUACACCUCACACUACAACUCCUAGCGUUAAACCUGUGAAUGUGAAGACGUAUUAAUACAUUAUGGGCAGGAUUCAAUUCUUUUCACCCCUUUCCACACCCGUUCUGUUUCUGCCCUCAGGGGCGUGGUAUCAUUAUUUUAGCUCGCUACACCCGGAGUAGGGAGGCACCCAACCCUUUACACAGCUAAACCUGAUCAUUGUGGGCGCAAUAUGCGCGAUAACUGAGAUAAUUUUAGAAAGGAAAUUGGGCGUGAUAUAUCGUUUGAAUCCCACCCUUAGUGUAGAAGUGACACAAUAUUUGCUAGUCCUGUGCAAAACUGGAUGACCGCUCGAGACACGGGCUGUGUCUAGGAGAUUUAGGAAUGAUCUGGACCAAAUGUAUGAGCACACAGCCUGUGUGCAGAGUGUUUAUCUUAUAGGUCCUCCGAAUUAUUCACUUCCCCGAUAAGUUCUGCACCAAGACAGACUGCUACGACGUAACUUUUAGUAACGAGGAUUUGAGGUGGUUUGGUAGAAGAUGGGGGGGAAUGAAAAACAGAACCAGUUACUCUAAGGCAACAUAAACCCAAUACACCUUCUUAGGAGGCAUCGACCGCCCUGCAACAAGAAUAUAGCUCAGCCGUCUCGCAGUAGUCCCGUGAAAACGUUGUUCUGGGGUGUCACUAAGCACCUUUCACCUGAGCGUUACAUAUGUGGCACUCUGAAUAUAUGUAGCAGAAUCACUAGAUGUUCUCCUGAAUUAUAUGAACAAACCUAUAUUAGUUAGGAUUUCCAUUGCUUACGCAUGUAGCCCUUACCUUUUGUAAUGUGCGUUACCCCCAAAUGGUAUAUGUUUAAGCCCACCAUCGUCUAACCCCAGCCUGCACGAUUUUGGGAGGCAGUCGCUGUUAGCCAUUCUUUGGCAGAGCAGGGCGCGGAAGGGAGAUUCGAUCAGUACAACAAUGGAGUUGACCUUUGACCCUUCCCGCAUCUUUCUAGGACUGAUUCAUGGUCUUCUAAAAUCAGGAGCUCUGCAAAAGCCGUUUUAUUAGAAUUAUAUUCCUUUGUGUCUUAAAUGUAGCAAGAAAUAAAUAUAUAUUUUAGUAGGAUCAUGCUUGCGCAGCCUUCUCUAUAUACAUAUAUUUUGCUGGUGGGAAACUUUGUUCCAUUCUACAGUAGAUAUUCGCAGGAAGUCGGUGACCUGUUGUGUUUUUACGUUUUAUUACCUGAACUUGUAUUGUACUUUAUUUUUUUUUUCUCCAUAAAACUGAAAGGGAACACACCGUUUACUUAGGCGUGCGUUUAAUCUUCCUGCGACUAGAACGUCAAAUUGUUUAUCAGUAUUAUAUGCUGCUGUAAUGUGAGAUUUUCUUAUCGUGUUUAGGAUAACCUUGAAAAUGUUUGUCUUUCGUAUGCAAUAAAGUUGUAAUUUCUUCUAA